GUGUAAACAAGCGGCGGGUGUGAGCCGUCUCUCCUUCCUCUCUCCCUCACGCAUUUACCAACGAAUCCUUCACCUUUAGGGAGCCUCAGAGUACACAUAGAGGAUCUGAGCUACUCCAGCACCAUGGCAUCGGUGCCCUAGUAUCCCCUACGCAAGGACACCGUGUGAUAAUGGAGGAGAAGAUGUGUGGUCAUAGUUAACUGAAGGCUGGGUAGUAUGGACCCACCAGCAACUGUUGGGCCUGGACCUCCAGCCCUCAAAAUCAAAAAGGAGGUGAAGGAGGAGCCAGAGUUCAUCUAUGUGGAUGAGACGGUAUGCCGGGUUAAGCUGGAGGAGGGUGAUGAGGAGGUGGUCUUGCCAAAAGAUGACAUGAUGCUAGAACCAGAAAGUGCUCUCCUUGUCCUGGAAGGCCAGACUGUGCCACCACCAGCACAUAGCCAGCCUGCUCGCCGUGGCAGAAAACCCAGAAUUCUUCGGAGCAGCCGAGGCAACACUCACUCUUGCACCACCACUGCUAGGAAGAUUCUGCCUCGCCCCUCCCCUAUGCAGGUGCCUCUCACCCUCUCCCAUCUCCAGCCUCCUCCACCACCUCUUUCUCUCCCUCUAACACCUAGGAGCAAACCACCUCAAGCACAAGUGAUGGUCAGACCAACACUGCAGCCCCCUUCUGCCACCAAUUCUGGCCGUAAGAUCCUCCCAUGGCCACAUCAGCUGAGUCCAGCUAAUCUGGCUCCAGUUUCACAAAAACAGAAACUGCAGCCGCUCAACCCCAGCCUCACAACUUGUCCUCCUGCUGCACAGACUUUACCUCUGAGCCACCUCCAGCCCAUUAAUUCUGGAACAAACAGUGGGCUUAUGCCCCUGCAGCCUCUUUCUUUAACCCAGCUCAGGUCUCCUCCCCCAUCUAGCUGCAUUAGUCAGUUGGGCGUACCCUUGUCACCUCAGAAGAUGCCAGUACCUCCAAAAGGUUCAAGAAAGACAGUUACCACGCUGCCCCAACUGGCAGCUGGACCUCCAACAACAUGUACCAGAGUUCCGCUACUGCCACUAUCAGAGGCAAGUGUCAAAAAGAGUAGCCCAUCUCCAUCCAUGCAUGCAACCACUGCCAGCCAUGUCCGAAAAUUGUUGCCACGGCCUCUUAAGGCUGCUAUGAGGCCUGCUGCUAGUGCAGUGUUUCAGCAACACCAGCAGCAGAGUGCUCUACCUGCUUUGCAGCAACUCCAUCCUGUUCCUCCUGUAAGUACACAGCAAACGGUCUCCUUACAGCAGUUUGAGAAUCCUAACCCAUCAACAUCUCAAACCACCAGCCUUGCUCUCCAGACCCUAAAUGUGAGUGGCCAGCCGCCUUCUCUCUCUGGAUCCUCCCAGGUGGUGUCUGUGCAGCAUGUCCGAGCCAUGGCUAUGCUUCCUCCCCAGCCAUCUCAAAAAGUGCAGCUUUCUGAACCAUCUUUGCAGUCUCCUCACCAUCUCCACACUGUAGCUUCCAGCACAUCCCCCCAGAGAUUAGCUUUUCAGCAAGUCCAGCAGGGUCCUGCCAUCACUGUGUCCCAAGCUGUAGCUAUCCAUUCUCUGCCAGCUCAGGCACCAUCCACCCCACAGAAACAGGCUACUACUCUCUGUCAGGUUCACACACUGCAGUCAUCUGCUGGCCAUACCCAGAGCUCUCGAGGGACAUCUUUUCAGGCCCUGUCAACUCUGGCUCCAGAAUCCCAUAAAGCAGUUUCUGUCCCCCAUUACUCUAGCCACUCUCCUGGAGACACACAAGCAGUUCCCCAAGUUUCUCCAGUGGGUAAGAGGUCUCCUUUAUCCCAUAUGUGUUCAACUUCAUUUUGCCCUAGUCAAUCAACUGCUCCAACUCAGACUGAACUUCAGAAUAGUGAGUUGACUUUCCAUGACCUAAGCUCAGCCAAUCAAAUUUUCAAAGAAAGUAGCACACUCUGCCUUGACACAAACCAUUCAGCCAAAGGUCAGGAUGUAAUGGGUCUCCAUAUAGCAUCCAGGCAAGGCAUGUCUGUUGGAACCACACCCAAUGGAACAGUGCUUAAGGUACCAAUACAGCCUUUGAAGCCAUCUGCUUCCUUCCCUAGGGGUAAGAGAAAAUACUUGCGCAGGAAUCCACGGGAACUGAAAGCCAAUAAAAAGAAAAGCAUGCCUAUAUUAAAAAUGGCUUCUGUUUCAACCUACUCGUGGCCCUUUAAUGUGCAUGAAAAAGACCUAUAUACCCCGACUUCCACUGCUGCCAUGCAGGGUCGUAAGAUCCUGCCCCGUCCCUGCCCUGCCUCUUUGGCUGGUUCACAGCUGGAGCAAGUGCAUCCAGUCACAACUCACAAUGCAUCUGGAUGGCUUGUGCCACAAGUGGAGCAGCAUGAGGGAUGUAGUACUGUGGCUACUUCCCUUGACAGUUCCUCAGUGGCAAGAUUAACACACGCUGUUACAUCAUCAUCUGAAUCUCAGUUGAUUGCCCUUGGCUUGUCACACAAAGCCCAGCCUGUUGGUUCUUCAGAUGUUCUAGCAGCCACUGAUCAAGGAGACACAAGUAAAAGUAAUAUAACAGAAAACUUCUUGCAACCUGUUUCACCUGCCAAAGUUGUUGCUGCUUGCACUUAUGUUCCACAUGAUGAGGAAAUCACUGCCAUACCUGAGAAGACCAGUUGUUGUACAUCACAAGGAGUGGAAUCAUCAGGAAACAGUGGAACAAAGAUUGGUGAUGGCUCAGACAAAUCUGAUCUUGAAUGUACUGACUGUGCUGAACAGCUACUUGAUUUAGAUAACAAAUCAGCAUGGAAUCAAGCAGAGGAGCAUACAGUUACUCCUAAGGAUGAUGUGUGUGACUCAGGAGAUGAUACAUUAGAUCACACCAUCUCACAAGUUAACUCUGAGAAUAUUAAUCAUCAGCUCAUGUCACAGAAUUCUUCAAGUGAUGGCCUUCAAGAUCAAUCUAUCCUACAGGAUACCAUAGAGAACAAGAAUCUUAGUCAAGUUUCUUCACAGGAGACCCUGGGAAGUAGUAUUCAGGCUCAAGCCACUUUACAUGGUAACCUAAAGGAUGGUUUUCAAGAUCAACACACCUUGCAGAGUCUCCUGGAGGACAGCACAGAAACUCAGUCUACAUUAAAGAAUACAUCAAGAAACGACACCCAAGAUCAGUCCAUCUCCCAAUGUAUUCAAGAGGAUGGUAGUCACAGUCAGCCUAUCCCUUAUGAUACCCAAGAGAACACUUGUUCACCUAUUUCACAGAACAAUCCAGUUGACCCUGUUCUAGAUCACCCUAGUUCACAGGACACUGAGAGAAACAAUUUUGCAGAUCAGUCCACCUCAUGGCAAUCUUCCACACCCUCUGAGUUGGUGCCACCCCUCAUCAUUCCAGCCAGUCAGGGAAAAGAAAAUCUCAGAGAAGAGAAUGAUGGUCUGUUGUCUCAGGAUUCAGUUUUUGAAGACAAAACCUUGCCUAUCUGUGAUUCUAGUCUCCCAUCCUCUAUCACUGCACAGGAUGAAAAUGUUUGCUCUACUUUCUCUCUUUCCCCCUCCUGUCCUCAGUCCAGAUUGCCAGCAACAAAGUCCUCUACCUCUCCAGAAGCCACCACUGUACUCACAACACAGGAGCAAAACACUCAAUGUCACAUAAAUGGGAGUCCCUCAACCUCUUGCCUUUGUCAGAACAGCAGAUGGAAACCUCCAUCAUCUUUGCCAAACACCAAUGCAGGAUCCCUAAGCACAAGCAACUCAUCCACCACAACCCCACCCUGUACCUUCAUUUCCUCUACCAUAUGUCAAAGAUCACCUCCCUCACCUGAGUCUUCCCUCAAACCACUUGUACCUCAUAGAACUCAUGAAGAAGUAAAAGAGGAGGUACUGCACACUACAGAGCAUGUGUCCUCCCCUAUUGACGCCAGAACAAUUCUAUCCAGCUGCACUUCACUUACUGAGAUGAUGACAAGGCCAAAUGAAUUCAUUCCUCCUGCAGCCUUGAUGCCUAAGGACAAUGCUGAUUGCUCUCCCUCUAAAACACAAGAACCCAUUGCUACAGACACCUCCACAUUUGAUCCAGCUGGACACCUCAGAGAAGAUUUUAGAGUCAUCACUGCCACAACCACCACUGUCACUAUUACAACUACAACCACAGCUGUCUCUACAACUACUACUACCUCUCAGUAUGCCACCACCCACACAUACAUAGAGGCUGAAGUAAAGCAGGAGUCUUCAAAUCCUCCAUCCCAGGAAGAAAUGGACCCAUCACUCACUCUGGUGUCAGCAAGUUGUCAUUCCUCACAGCCAAAAUGUCCACCAACCUGCAUGUUGAUUGAACAAGAAACAUGUCCCACUCAGUGCCAGACUCCACCUAAGAGCCAGAGGAAUACAUCUGGAAGGCACCAGCAGCAACAGCAUAGAACCAUGAGGGGACCUAGACUGAAGGCACUGGUAAGGGCACAGAGAAGAACCAUCCAGAUGCUAAGAAAUAAACUGCAGCGUGAGCAGAAGCGAAGCAAGGCAUUGUGGAAGGCACUGAGAUGCAGCAUGGCAGCUAAGGUCAGCAGUGAAGGUAGGGUUUUUCAAAGGGAAUUGAGGAAGUAAAGGGAGGAAGGGGAGGGCAUAACACAGCCAAAGCCAUCUCCCCCUGUCACUAGGAGCAGAAGCAGACCAAAGCAAGUUGUUACUGCCACACUUUCCUCUACAAGACUGAAGAGGAAAAAUGAGGAUACACAUAGUGAUACCUUGAAAAAAGUAGUCACUUUAAAUCACAGUGAUGACUAUAGACUAGGAGAGAACAGCCCUCAUGUGCAGGCCAUCUGCAUCCCCACUCCUUCUGCUGGCAAGACAGAACUCCAGACUCUAGUGCGGGAGUUUGUGUUGAGGGAUGAUGUUUCACGAACCACCAGACAUGGCACAAGACACUUCCUCCAUUACCUGCCAUUGCUGCACAAACGGUUCAUGGCUUACUGCUGUCAGCCAUGCUCUUUGGAGACCUUUCAGCAGCACCUUCCACCCCAAAUGGCACAGCGGAUUGGUGAGGAGCUGGAGAUUUGUGUAUGCCUUAUCUGCCAGAACCCAGAAUUGAAAGUUGAGAGUCUGGUGCGACGACGGCUCCUGCCCCUCAACACUCACCUGGAAGAGGUGGCUUUCAGCUCUGAAGACACUUUCAAGGAGUUCCUGGCCAGUGUACAGGCACUCAAAGCACGGUCAUCUUCCCAGCUCAUGUACAGUGAGUGGUUCAUAGGAAUGGCUGGAGGCAGCUGUGUCCCACAACCUCAGAAAAAGACACUAACACGUCCACUGAGGGAGGUAGUUACCCAACUAGAAGGGGAGCUGGACUUGCUGCGUCUCCACUUGAAACGGGCCUCUCAUCAGUAUGAAGCUACCUUAAGGGCUAAGUGUGAGGCAGAACAAUCACCACAGCAUGCUGUGCUGCAGGCAGAGUGGUCACCCCUUAUCAUCCUCCAUGCCUUAGGUGCUGAUGGAGCACCAGCCUUGCAGCAAGUUGUCAGUUUACAGUGUGGUUAUCUUUGGUCUCAUGCAGAUUCCCUUGGUUUCAUUGCUGUGUCGGGUUGUCGUGAUCAACGUGCAGCAGCUGUGUGUGCAAGCCUGGAGCCAUUGUUGGCUCGCCUGAUCCAGCAAGGAGUGCGUUGUCUCACCCUGCUAGUAGACCCUAAGACAGACCUUAGUGCUGUUCUGGAAUAUACCCGGCGUAGUGAUUUGGAGGUGCGCUGGGUGUUCUCCGAGCCAGGUCAUGGUGCAGGUGUGGCUGAGGCAGUAGGAAAUAGUGUGACACAGCUCAUAUGUGACACAGUCAACUCGUGGGGUUCAGAGACUGUACUUUCAGCUAAGGAUGUGUUCAGUCUGAUCAGUCCAAACUCAAGCAACUUGGUGUACUAUUACUCUGAAGAAGAUGUGUGGCGUAGCAGUCAGCUUUUGCAUGGGACAGCAAGGUCUACCAAGACUGCCAAUAAGCUCAUUAAACCAAAGACCAUCCUGUCAUUGUAGCAUUAAGUUGGGGUGUGGGUAGGUGGGAGGCAUGGGAGGGUGGGUCUUCAGAGAUCGUCAUGUGAGUCACAAGUGCUAAAUAGCAGCAAAUUAGCACUGGGGCCUCAUACCACAUACUUGUAACAGCACAGCCUUGAUGAUGUGCAAUCAUUGUACCUCAGGACUGCUUAUUUCCAAAACCGGUUACUACUUUUUUCAGAAACCAUAUUACCUCAAAAUCAAGGCACUAUUGGUAUAUGAUGCAGCUUUAUUUAUUUAGUUAUUUAUUAGAGAGUGAGAGUGAGUGUGUGAGAGAGUGUGUGUGUGUGUGUGUGUGUGUGUGUGUGUGUGUGUGUUGGAAUGGUAUAGCAGAUAUGAAAGAAAAUAUCAACUAUAAAAAUUAUUAUAAUUUGGUCAAGGAGGAGAUUUGUACCUAGGUAUUCUCCUGGACACCAAGUCUUGUGCAGGUUUGCCCUUUAUUGGACCUUAUGUGGUGCCCAUAGGAGGGAAUAGAGAGAGUACAUUGCACCCCUCCCUGUCCUGCCCUGCACUGCCCUGUCGACAUUCCACAACUCUUAAAGUUGUUCUUUUUUUUUUUUUCUUUCUUUUUUUCAUGCAGAUACUGUGAUAUUAAUUUAUCUCCCUAUUUAGUGUUGAAGUAGUUUAUUAUUACAAGACUGAUAUUAUUUUUGUAUGUUUUAAUCAAUAAUGUAUUGAUACAAUGAGCUGUGUUUCCUUAUGUAGACCUGUGGCUAGGAUAGAUGUAAUAUUGUAUGUUGAGUAAGAAGAUUCAAAUAAUGUGUAUGGACUCCAAACCAGAUAACAUAAGAAAAUAAGGGAGGCUGCAAGAAGCCAUCAGGUUCACACCUGGCAGUUCUUAAAAUUACACAUAAUAACUUGGUGUAAAAACUUGUUCGCAUUGUAAUUUGUAGUUUUUUUUUUUU